CUGUCCAACAGCAACACCAGUCGUAGCCACCAUUCCUAUCGACUGAACGCCCAUCAAAUCGCGUAGCUUACCCCAUGAUUUAGCCAGCCGUACGAUUUGGCGGGCCUGUUUCUUUAUCGCUUCUCUCCCCUAUAUUAUACACGUCGUCACGUCACGUCCCGCCUCCAAUGGGCUACCCUUUCGACCCCUGGGGGGAUUCCUCAGACCUUAGCUCUCCUCCAACAUCACCAUCGCCUCCUCCAGGUUUCCUCCCAUCUCCUCCACCAUCCCAAGACAAUUUUGAGCCCAAUUCAAACGACUCCUUUACCGCGUCGCAAGACACCACACCUCCAACCAAGAAGAGGAGGAAAGUUGAGCCGAAGCCGAGGUCAACGAAAUACCUUGAUUUAACCUUGGUUUCCACAACUCCCACGGAUUGCUUUGCAAGCCAAACGGAUGAACUAGGCCUUUUGCUGAAGGCUCUUCAGAAGAAGCGUAAAAUCGUCGUGAUUGCUGGAGCUGGAAUUUCGGUUUCUGCUGGGAUCCCUGACUUUCGUUCUGCUCAUGGUCUAUUUAAGACGUUGAAAAAGGAUCACAAACUGAAGACCUCAGGGAAGCAGUUGUUUGACGCGUCAGUGUAUCGGGACGAUACGAUGACUUCGUCUUUCCACGACAUGGUUCGCUCGUUAUCUGGAAUGGCGGCCUCUGCUCAACCUACAGCUUUCCACCACCUCCUUGCCAGACUCGCAAAGGAUGGCCGCUUAAUGCGGCUGUAUACACAGAAUGUUGAUGGCAUUGAAACGUCGUUGCCCCCUCUGGCAACUGAAGUACCUCUUGGCGUCAAGGCACCGUGGCCGCGAACCAUUCAACUACAUGGCGGACUUGAAAAAAUGGUCUGUCAGAAAUGCAGGCAUACAUCCGACUUCGAAGCAGAACUCUUCCAAGGACCUAAUCCACCCUUAUGCCGAAAAUGCUGCGAAACAGACCAAUUCCGUACAACCACUGGCCAGCGGAGUCAUGGAGUUGGCAAGCUUAGACCGAGAAUAGUUCUCUACAAUGAACAUAAUCCUGACGAAGAGGCCAUUGGUUCAGUUGUUACAGCUGACUUACGUGCCAGACCCGAUGCUCUGAUAGUAGUUGGCACCACCUUAAAGGUUCCAGGGGUUCGCCGAAUUGUCAAAGAAAUGUGCCAUGUUGUCAGGGGACGGAAAGAUGGAAUCACCAUGUGGAUAAAUCACGAACCAGUCCCUGUCGGAAAAGGCUUCGAGAACUGUUGGGAUCUUGUCAUCAAAGGUGAUUGCGAUGAAGUUGCGAGACAAGCCAACAUGAAACCCUGGGACGAUGACAGCGAUGACACCAUUCAAGAAUGCACAGAAUCAGACGUGGAACGAGUUAAACAGGAACAAGGGCCCUUCUCCGUCAUCAUCCCUACACCAAAGAAACUUCAAACGAAUACUGGUAUCCUCACACCCUCAUCCAGUCAGGACGAAGCAUUCAACAUCAAGGACCAACCGCCAAUUCCCUUCCCCCUUACGGAAAAGCCAAUUAAUAAAUCUCUGUCCUCCAUAUUAUCCGGGGAUCCCGGUCGAAAAGCUGCUAAGCCUAGGAAACCAGCUCAGAAGAAAGAGGGAGUUCCAAAGAAAGCCAGAACGACAAACGCAAAAGCCCAACCAAAGAAAAUCGAUCAACAGUUCCGCGUUGCCAAGUCGAGUAAGCCCUCUGUCACUGCUAAGAAGUCGGUUAAUCCUAGCGAAAACGAUCUCACUCAACCAAUGCAUUCUAUAUCGCCUGGUGCGGCUCGUAAUAAUGGGCCCACGUUCAUCGAGACGUCUACCUCCCCGCCGUGGAAGGACACUGCCACGAUCUCGCCAUCUGGCGCCGUCCCGUCUGACCUUGAGAGAAUGUUAAACUAAGGAUGUACAAAGAACAAUAUAACAGAAUAAACUCAAGACUAUGGCUAAUGGACACGUGGUUUUGGAGCAUCAGUUUUAUUUUCGAAGCGGAUCGGAUUCGAAGCACAAAUUUUGCAUUCCGUCACUUUUUUCUCCUUCCCAUACUGGUCCCCGCCACCAGCUAUGAUACAUGAUACCUAAAUAGAUCUUUUCAAUACUAUAUUGCAACCACCGCUCCUGCAGAAAAUUCUGGUGGCCCUCAUUUUCUUUUUCACUUGCUGGGACUGAGAGUUAAUGGUACAGGUUGGCUUGGCGUUUGAAUUAUUAUUAUUGUUGUAUUCCUUUUGCUCCUUUUGCUUUCUUUCUGUUUUGUUUGUAGAUUAGAAUAAGGAGUUUGUAUAGUGGAUGGAGAUUCUAUGUCGCAU